GCGCUUUGAGACGAACGGAAUCAGACGCGAACAGAUCCCGAAGAAUGUUUAUUGUUUUAUCGUCAUCGAAACAAACCUGUUGAUUUAAUUCACCAGCAGUUAAACCAGCGACAGGACGGUGGCUGUUCUGUUUUUACCUUCACUGUUUUCAUCAUACAUUUUUUUGGAGGUAGUAAAAUGACUCACAGUACCGGAGCAGAAAUGAUCCCGGAGGUUUUGGCUGCUGCAAGUUUCGUGUGCAGGCUACUGCGCAGCCGCGGACACCUGAGUGACGCACAGCUCCAGGUGUUCAGAGACUGUCUUGCGCAGGCCCUCUCAGAACACUACCAGCAUCACUGGUUCCCCGACAGACCACAGAAGGGUUCCGGUUACCGCUGCAUUCGCAUCAAUCACGAAAUGGACCCACUCAUUGGCCGAGCGGCCGUACGUAUCGGACUGACCAGUGGACAGUUGUUUUCUCUCCUGCCGCGGGAGCUUACGCUGUGGGUGGACCCGUACGAAGUGUCGUACCGCAUCGGCGAGGAUGGCUCCAUUUGCGUUCUAUACGAAGUGGAGCCGCCCGUCUCAAGCCCCACCCCCAGCCUCCGAGGACCCUCGGCAUAUGACCAAACAGCGAGCUGCAAAAACCGCUUCAUGAUGGGCGGCCGCACAAGUCCACCGAAAAACUACCUGAUGACGGUGUCCAGCUAAACGCAUGGGACCGGUGUCCGCUGGUGCCACGCCUGAGCGGCCAACCUCCACUUAAGCAGUUUACUUGUCCCGUGAUUUUACAUUUCUAGACAAUUCAGGCCUGAUUCUAUCCCUUUUUUUUAAGAUGUAAAGCCUAAAGCACUGGUGAAUGUGUGACUGGUUCUCUACGAUGAUAUUUGGACCACUGACUCUUUCAGCACUGUACUGUGUGACUAUUUCUUUUACCCUGAAAUGGGUUUUGGGCUAUUUUCACUUGUGCUAGCACACAGUUUCAGCGCAAUAACGAUACCUCACAUCUCUCACAAGAAUACAAAGCAAUUAUGGGCCAGAAACACACUCUACGCAAGUACGCCAACGCGAGGUCAACGUAUUGGGCCACAUUCAUGAAACGCGAGUAGAACGAAUUUCUGCAUACCUUUGUUCGUGAUUUUGUACGUAUCUAAUGUAAAUCGCUACACUUUUGCUUGCGUUUCAUGAAUAAGGUCCAUUGUACGUAUGUAAUGUAUGUUCUUGCGUUACUGUAGUGGUAACAAACUGCAGUUUGGAAGUGAAAGUCACCCUCAAAUGUCUGUGAACGAAUUUCCACAUAAAUUGUUCGUAGAACCAAUCUUAUGUAAAUUGUUUGAGUUUCAUGAAUGAGAGUUUUUAAUAAGCUAACUAACUUGCUUUUCUCUUUCAAACUAAAUUCGAAAUAUUCUUCAAACUGUUCCUCCGUCUUGAUAUUUACGCAAAUGUCCGCUACAGCGCCCCCUUGUGACAUAGCAGAGAAUGCAAUGCGCAAUUAUGAAUUGUAUUCUGACACAUUUCGGUAUGCAACGGUGCAAGUUUGUAGAUUCUUCAAACUGUUGCUCCGCCUUGAUAGUUACGCAAAUGUCCGCUACAGCGCCCCCUUGUGACAUUGCUGAGAGUGCAACGCCCAAUUACGAAUUAUAUUCUGACACGUUUUGGUAUGCAACGGUGCAAGUUUGUAGAUUCUUCAAACUGUUGCUCCGUCUUGAUAGUUACGCAAAUGUCUGCUACAGCGCCCCCUUGUGACAUAGCAGAGAAUGCAAUGCGCAAUUACAAACUGUAUUCUGACACGUUUCGGUAUGCAACGGUGCAAGUUUGUAGAUUCUUCAAACUGUUGCUCCGCCUUGACACUUACGCAAAUGUCCGCUACAGCGCCCCCUUGUGACAUAGCAGAGAAUGCAACGCGCAAUUACGAAUUGUAUUCUGACACAUUUCGGUAUGCAACGGUGCAAGUUUGUAGAUAAUGAAUUUGUCGCUAGAAGCGUUUGCGUUCACGUAUUGUGUGAAGUAUGUUUCAGGCCUAAAACUGGUGGCGUUUCAUGAAAGUUUUGCAGGAGCUGCUACUGACUUCCAUAAUUACGUCUGCCUUAACAACAGCGCCACCGCUCCCUUAAUAAACAUCACUGCCUGACUCUCUUUAGACUUAUUGUGCAAUAUUCAGGCAACACGCUCUUUAAAAUCUCUUUUGUAAUGUCAUGAAAUGAGUUGGAAAUGAAUGUUUCUCAGGAUGCUUUGCAUGUGGUAUGUUGGUUGGUAUUGGGCCGAAGUGCCAGUAAAGACUUACAUCUGUAGCAUUGUAUAUCUCUCGGGCUGCUGAGCAGCCUGUUUACUGUUUUAGACGGAGUAAAUGUAGUUUUUGUAAGCUAUGGAAGCAGAGUUUGUUUUAAAUGUACAUUUCUUUAUGAAUUUGUGCAGAGAUAGAGCUGUACAGUCCAUUUUUAUAACAAUAAACAUUUUAUGAAA